UCCUGGAGGGAAAGGAAAAACAAAACAGACUGAAAUAGUUUCGAUAAACUAAAUAAGCCCCGGCGAAGACGCGAGGAGUGCGGGGGAAGAAGCCACGUUUAAUUUUGAAAGCAAUUUCCCAGAACAUUCUCCGUCGCUUCUCAUCACCUGGACCGUCACGUACCGCUGUGGCACCGCCACCUCGCACUCGGACGGUGCCGCUGUCACUUUUCUUCAAUUCCGCGCGGGACCUGCUCAGGUGUUUGCCGCGCGCGUGGCUGGCAGCUCGCGCCCUGGUCCACUAGUGCUGGAACAAGUCGGAGCGGCACGAGCGCCCCGGCUGCACCGGAGAAAGCAAAACGCUUGCGGGGGAAAAGAGAAGAAACAAAAAGCAAGGCUGUUGGCGUCGCGGCAUAUUGUAACGACGAAGAAGAGAAUAAGCUACCAACGGGAAGUUGUUCCCGUUUAUUCUACAGGUUGCGCGAGCCCUACCGACCAUUGAGGAAGAAAACGCAUGAGAGGAGCCGAGUGUCGCCUCCAAGCCGCUUCACUCCCGGUGUGUUUGGUUUGUUGUCGUUGGACUAACGGCCGUUCCCCACUCAGAGACUGAAGCUGCCGCAUUGCAACAGGCGAAGAAGCAGCAGCGAAGUGGAGGAGGAGGAGGAAAGACAACCCGACUGUGUCUGCCUGUAUGGUUAGCUGAAAACACGAAACGGAACAAAAACAAUUCGAGAACAAAAAUUUAAAAAGCAGUUCGGGACCAGAGAUGUCUAGACGAAAACAGGCCAAACCGCGCUCCGUUAAAGCGGUAGAAGAAGGGGAGUCUUCAGAGUGUGGAGGGGCCUGGGAUGAAUCAACUGUCCAGACAGAAGUCCCGGCAUCUGACAGAGAGGCAGAGCCCAAAGAAGGUCAGGGGGUGGGUGCUGAGGAUGGAGAACACGAGGAGCAUGAUGACCGCGAUGACAGAGAUCAUGACGAUGACCUAGAUGACGAGUCCAUCUUCACCUGUGACAACUGUCAACAGGACUUUGACUGUCUGGCUGAGCUCACUGAACAUAGAACCAACCACUGCCCAGCUGAUGGUGAUGAUGACCCAGCAGGGCUGUCCUGGGUGCCUUCCUCGCCCUCCAGUAAAGAUUUGGCAUCGCCCUCACAGAUGCCCGAUGGCUGCUGUGACCUCGGCAUGGCCACUGGCGGCGAGGAGGAAGGAGGCGCUGGUCUGCCGUACCCCUGCCAGUUCUGUGACAAGUCCUUCAGCCGUCUGAGCUACCUGAAGCGCCAUGAGCAGAUUCACAGCGACAAGCUGCCUUUUAAGUGUACCUUCUGCAGCCGUCUGUUUAAACACAAGAGGAGCAGAGACCGCCAUGUCAAACUCCACACAGGAGAUAAGAAGUAUAGUUGUCAGGAAUGUGAAGCUGCAUUCUCCCGCUCUGAUCACCUGAAGAUCCAUCUGAAGACACACAGCUCCAGCAAACCGUUUAAGUGCAGUGUGUGUAAGCGUGGCUUCUCCUCCACCUCAUCACUGCAGAGCCACAUGCAGGCUCACCGCAAGAACCGAGAGCACCUUGCACUGAGGAGUGAGAGGGAUGGAGGGAAGAAAGGAGUAGGAGGAGAUGGUGACCUGGAGCAGGACCUGUAUAUGUGUGAUUACUGUGAGGAGACGUUCAACCAGACGGAUGAGCUAGAGAAACACGUCCUGACCAGACACCCCCAACUGUCUGACCGAGCUGACUUGCAGUGCAUCCACUGUCCUGAGAUCUUUCUAGACGAGGCUUCUCUCCUCACGCAUAUUGAAACACAGCACGCCAACCGCAAACACAAAUGUCCUGUCUGUUCAGAACAGUUCCCAUCUGUGGAGGAUGUCUACUGCCACUUAGACAGCCAUCGCCAGCCUGACUCCUCCAAUCACAGCGCUGCUAGCCCUGACCCCGCGCUGGGCAGUGUGGCCUCAAUGAGCUCGGCCACUCCGGACUCUAGUGCCAGCCUGGAGAGAGGGUCUACGCCAGACUCUACCCUAAAGCCCAGCCAGGGCAGUGAACGAGGCCGCAGAAGAGGCACAGACACUGGGGAUGAGAUUGGGAUAAGCCUGGGUCAUCAAGGUGGAGGUGGAGGAGGGAACUGGGGUAAAGUGACGUACUCUUGCCCUUACUGCUCGAAGAGAGACUUCCACAGCCUGGCUGUGUUGGAGAUCCACUUGAAGACCAUCCAUGCAGAUAAGCCGCAGCAGAGCCAUACAUGUCAUCUCUGCCUGGACACUCUGCCAACGCUCUACAACCUCAACGAACAUGUGCGCAAAGCUCACCGCACCAGUGGAGGAGCUGUGGGCACAGCAGCAGCAGCUUUUCCCCUGCUGCAGUUCACUAACGUUACAGCGUUCCACUGUAACUACUGCCCAGACAUGUUUGGAGACAUCAACUCUCUGCAAGAACACAUCAGAGUAUCGCACUGCCUGCCUGGUGGGAUUGUGGCAGGAUCCACCACAUUAGAAGGGAACCAUGCCUUCUUCUGCAACCAGUGCUCCAUGGGAUUCUUGACGGAGUCUUCGUUGACAGAACACAUUCAGCAGACGCACUGCACCUCCAUUGGGGGCGGAGCUGCGUCUGGAGGAGCGGUGGCCAAACUGGAGUCUCCUGUACUACAGGCUGCAUCGCAGUCCUUCAUGGAGGUUUACUCCUGCCCUUACUGCACCAAUUCUCCUAUCUUCGGCUCACUCCUCAAGCUCACCAAGCACAUAAAGGAGAACCACAAGAACAUCCCGUUGGCUAACAACAAACGGCAGGCAAAGGUUGCCGACCUAAGCCCCGCCUCCUCUGAUGUAGAGAUCUCCUCCCCGAAACGCCACAGACUGGGAGGCGACUCCACCCCCUCCAUGGGGAGCAACGGGGACUACCCGUGCAACCAGUGUGACCUGCGAUUUGCCAGCUUUGAGGCUUUCCAGGCCCACCUAAAGUCACACCUGGAGAUGCUGCUGAGGCGCCAGUCCUGCCCCCAGUGCAACAAGGAGGACUUUGAAUCCCAGGAGGCAUUGCUUCAACACCUGACAGUGCACUAUACCACCACGUCGACCCAGUAUGUGUGUGAGAGCUGCGAUAAGCAGUUCUCCUCAGUAGAUGACCUGCAGAAACACCUACUGGACAUGCACACAUUUGUCCUGUACCACUGCACUCUCUGCCAGGAGGUCUUUGACUCCAAGGUCUCCAUACAGGUGCAUUUGGCAGUGAAGCAUAGCAAUGAGAAGAAGCUGUUUCGCUGCACAGCCUGUGCCUGGGACUUCAGGAAGGAGACAGAUCUUCAGCUCCAUGUUAAGCAUAACCACCUGGGCCACAGGUCAGGCCUCCCAGGGGGACUCGGAGCAGGACUCAAGCCCCGGAAGUGCAUCUUCUGUGGAGAGACAUUUGGGACAGAGGUGGAGCUGCAAUGCCACAUCACCACACACAGCAAGAAGUUCACAUGUCGCUUCUGCGGCAAAGCUUUCCAUGCCAUGUCACUGCUAGAGAGACACCUGAGGGACAAGCACUGCAUCUUCGAUGGCGGCCAUGUCACUGGCAAUGGAGGUGGUACAGGGAGUAGUGGGAGUCAGAACGGGACGCCAAAUGGGCUGGCACAGUCCUCUAAGCGAGGAGGAGGAGGAAGUGGUGGCAAUGGAGGUGCAGGAGGCGUUGAAAGAGCAACAGUGGCAGCUGCUGAACAAGCCGACCUGCAGAACAUGUUGCUGAAGAGCGCAGUUGUGGGAGGAGGAGCUGGCCAGGGAGCAGACACAGCCAACAGCCAUGAGGCAAGCGGAGGUGAGGAGGAGCUGGACAAUUCAGAGCCCAUGUAUGCCUGUGAUAUCUGCGGAGCGGCCUACACUAUGGAGUCGCUUCUGCAGAACCACCGGCUGCGUGACCACAACAUCCGACCGGGUGAAGAUGACGCUGGUUCUCGAAAGAAGAAGGCAGACUUCAUCAAGGGGAACCACAAGUGCAAUGUUUGCUCCAGAACAUUCUUCUCUGAGAAUGGACUUCGUGAGCACGCCCAGACGCAUCGUGGCCCUGCCAAACACUACAUGUGUCCAAUAUGUGGCGAGCGUUUCCCCUCUCUGCUAACCCUCACUGAACACAAGGUGACCCACAGUAAGAGCCUGGACACAGGAACCUGUCGAAUCUGUAAGAUGCCCCUGCAGAGUGAGGAGGAGUUUAUAGAGCAUUGCCAGAUGCACCCUGACCUCCGCAACUCCCUCACCGGCUUCCGCUGCGUCGUCUGCAUGCAGACCGUCACUUCCACCCUGGAGCUGAAGAUCCAUGGCACCUUCCACAUGCAGAAGCUUUCCACUGGUUCUGGACUUGGGGGAGCUGUAGGAGGAGGUGGAAAUGGACUAGGAGGAGGGAACGGCUCAGCCUCUUCAUCCCCUAACGGGCAGCUGCAGCAGCAUAAGUUGUAUAAAUGCGCCUUCUGCCUAAAGGAGUUCAAGAACAAAGGGGAGCUGGUGAAGCUGGAUGUCAACGGCCUGCCUUAUGGCCUCUGUGCUGGCUGCAUGAGCAGGGGCACGAAUGGUCAGAGCCCCAGCCAGGGAGGAGCUGCUACGCCCGGGGACACGCAGGGAGAGAAGGCCAUAGCCGGGCUGAGGUGUCCAGAGUGUGGGGUGAAGUUUGAAAGCCUGGAGGACUUGGAGAGUCACGUCCAGACAGAUCACCCUGAGGUCAGCCCUGAAACCAGCGCAGCAGGAAAGAAGGCUGAGGCUUCACCUGCACCUAAGAAAAAGACCUACCAGUGUAUUAAAUGCCAAAUGACGUUUGAGACAGAAAGGGAGAUCCAGAUUCAUGUUGCUAAUCACAUGAUCGAAGAGCCCACCUGUCGGCAAGAGGAGGGCAUCAAUCACGAGUGCAAGCUGUGUAACCAGAUGUUUGAUUCACCUGCCAAGCUGCUUUGCCACCUGAUAGAGCACAGCUUUGAAGGCAUGGGAGGUACCUUCAAGUGUCCCGUCUGCUUCACAGUGUUUGUCCAGGCCAACAAGCUCCAGCAGCACAUUUUUGCCGUCCACGGCCAGGAAGACAAGAUCUACGACUGUUCCCAGUGUCCACAGAAGUUCUUCUUUCAGACAGAACUACAGAACCACACACUGAGUCAGCACGCGCAGUGAGACCGAGGCCCGGCAGGAUCUCUCGGCUCAGCCGGGGCCCCCGACCCGGAGCCGGCAGGGGACUCCCAUCUCCACAUCACAGCCAAUCAAAGUGUCAUUUGCUACUCACAUGUAAAACUCUAACGAUCGCGCCACUGGGUGCGGCUAUUAGGAGCAGCAGGGGAAAGGAAUAUUAAUGGAAUAUGCUAUUAAAUAAAGAAAGGAAAAAGUGGGUGAGAGAAACGGUAAGAGCUCGAUGAAAGAAAGAGAGAAGUGAAAAAGGGUAUUGUACGUGCAGUAUUUUUUAUUGUCCCUGCCAAACCCCCCCCCCCACCAGCUUCUUCCACCUCUCCUUCUCCUUUCCUCCCACCCAUCACACCCCAGGUCAGGCAUUUUAUUUUUUUUAACAAAUAGAAAAGGAAAAAAAGCAAGAAAACACCCUUUGUUUUGGGAUUUUUUUAAUAGAUUGUAGAAAAAAGCUUCACUUUCUCGUCCCCUCAGUUGCUUAUUGUAUUUAACUUCAUAACCUCUUUCUUUGAUUUUUUUUUUCCUGCCAUAUGCGCUUAUUUUCUUGGUUUUCAUUUUUGUACCUUUCAUUUCUUGCCGUAAGUAGGUACUUGUGCUGUGUUGUGAUUGUUUGUUUGCCAGUCGUAAUAUUCCUGAGUUUUUUCCCCCCAACUGAUCCUUUUUAUGAUCAUUGUUAUAUAUUUCUUUUCCUUUUUGUAAUUACUAUGAAAAAAAGACAUAAAACAAAAGUGCAGAAAACCAUACAGAUGUUUGUUUUUUUGGAUUGGGUUUUCCAGUCUCUAUGGGGCCUAUAAUGGUUAUUGUAAAAAUGAAUAUCAUCGAUUUCAGUGCGUCUGGUCAAUGACUGCUUUUUAAAUGUGAAUUAACCAGAUUGCAAUAAUCUAGUACAAACAAAAAAGAUAAAACAAAUAAAUACAAAUAAAGAA